UCACUAGUCGCCAGUGAAGUGAGUCAAGUGAGUGCCGUCGUGCCGUGUCAAAUUUGUUUUGUUUAUAUGUCACGUCAGUAGAAGUUUCACUAAAUAUUAGUUAAAAAUGUGCGAUAUUAACGAUAAUCCUAUAAAACUAAGUGUUAAGUGGAAUGGCAAGGAGUACGAAAUACCAGAAUUUUCACCGUCAGAUUCGGUUGCAAUGUUGAAAGUUGCGAUUGAAAAUGCCACGGGCGUCCGGCCUGAGAGACAGAAACUGCUAAAUGUUAAAUUUCAGGGCAAAGUAGCAACAGACAACUGCACGUUAUCAGACCUGCAGCUGAAGCCAAACCUGAAGAUCAUGAUGAUGGGCUCCCUCGAGGAAGCUAUCGCCGGGGCGCAGACCAGGCCGGACGUUGGAGACGAGGUGGUGAACGACUUGGAUGUUGAGGAGGAGGAAGUUGAUGUAGAGAACCAGGAGGUAUAUUUGUCGAAGAUAAACAAGCGAGUGCGGGACUACAAGAUAAACGUGCUGAACGAGCCGCGCGAGGGGAAGAAACUACUAGUCCUUGAUAUAGACUACACGCUGUUCGACCAUCGAUCUGUCGCUGAAACAGGUUACGAGUUAAUGCGUCCCUACCUCCACGAGUUCUUAACAUCGGCAUACGAGGACUAUGACAUAGUGAUCUGGUCGGCCACGGGGAUGAAGUGGAUCGAGGAGAAGAUGCGGCUGCUGGGCGUCUCCACGCACCAGGACUAUAAGAUCAUGUUCUAUCUCGACUACCUAGCCAUGAUCACUGUGCAUACUGCCAAAUAUGGCACUAUAGAUGUAAAACCACUAGGCGUAAUAUGGGGCAAAUACCCCCAAUAUAGUUCGAAAAAUACGAUAAUGUUCGACGAUAUUAGGAGAAACUUCAUAAUGAAUCCGAAAAGCGGGCUCAAGAUCCGGCCGUUUAGGCAGGCGCAUCUAAAUAGGGACCGGGAUCGAGAGCUGCUACACCUUUCAACAUACCUUAAAGACAUAGCCCAAUAUUGUGAAGAUUUUGACCAAUUGAACCAUAAAAAGUGGGAGAAGUACAAGCCUGACAAGAAUAGGUCUCAGCAGGCUGGAAGUAAGAGGAAAGCUGAAGACAGUGCCCCCACGACGCCCAAAGAAUGACGGUAAAUCCACUCAGGCCGACACCUCGGUCUGCGAGUCGCCUUAAUCGCUUAUAAGACUGCAAACCCGUUAGAACUGCUAACAGUUUUAAAUAAACACUCGAUUAUUAAGUCAAAAUAAAUUAAAAAAAACAUUGAAAAUGUUUAUAAUGUAACAUUUCUUUUUUUAAUUAUUAAAAUUAAGGCGAUUUGCGUUUUUAGUUAGUUGUGUUGAUGAUCAUUUUGUAUCGUAACGGGAUUCUCAAUACUUCCGUGUUGCUAUAUAAUAAAAUUAUGAUAUUAUUUCUAAUAGAACAAAGAUAAGUGAUGUAGUCGAGAAUUUAAGUGCGGUUCGUUCUUCACAAUGGCGCUAGUGGACUCAGAAAUAUACAGACGCAACUUACUCUUACAAAUAAAAAUAAAAAAGGAUAAAAUGGGUGAAUGUAGCCCAAGCGUCGCCAAUGAUGAACAUAAGUAAUUAUACUAAAUC